AGUGGGAGUUGCCGAGCCCAGUCGCGGAGCAGUAGCUGCAGCAGUGGGAUGUUUACCUGGCGGUGCCUCAUCCUUUGGGCUGUGCUGGUCGCAGCCGCGCUCUCCGCUGCCCGGCCGGCCCCCACCCUGCCCGACCAAGCUCUGCCCAAAGCAAAAAUCGAAGUGGAGUCCUACUCAGCCCACCCCGGCGAGCUGCUCCAGCUGCGCUGCCGGCUGCGGGAUGACGUGCAGAGCAUCAACUGGGUGCGGGAUGGCAUCCAGCUGGCCGAGAACAACCGCACCCGCAUCACCGGCGAGGAGGUGGAGCUCAGGGACGUGGUGCCCCAGGACUCGGGGCUCUACGCCUGCAUGACCAACAGCCCCUCGGGCAGCGAGACCACCUACUUCAGUGUGAACAUCUCAGAUGCUCUCCCCUCUGCAGAGGAUGAUGAUGAUGAAGAUGAUUCCUCAUCGGAGGAGAAGGAGGCAGAUAACACCAAGCCGAACCAGGCCAUCGCUCCAUACUGGACCUAUCCUGAGAAGAUGGAGAAGAAGCUCCACGCUGUCCCUGCUGCCAAAACAGUGAAAUUCAAAUGUCCCUCGAGUGGGACACCCAACCCCACGCUGCGCUGGCUGAAGAACGGCAAAGAGUUCAAACCUGACCAUCGCAUCGGGGGGUACAAGGUCCGCCAGGCAACCUGGAGCAUCAUCAUGGACUCGGUGGUGCCGUCUGAUAAGGGCAACUACACCUGCAUCGUGGAGAACAAGUACGGCAGCAUCAACCACACCUACCAGCUGGAUGUCGUGGAGCGCUCCCCGCACCGGCCCAUCCUGCAGGCAGGGCUGCCUGCCAACAAGACAGUGGCCCUGGGCAGCAACGUGGAGUUUGUGUGCAAGGUCUACAGCGACCCUCAGCCCCACAUCCAGUGGCUGAAGCACAUCGAGGUGAACGGCAGCAAGAUCGGCCCGGACAACCUGCCCUACGUGCAGAUCCUGAAGACGGCUGGCGUUAACACGACAGACAAAGAAAUGGAAGUCCUUCACUUAAGGAAUGUCUCAUUUGAGGAUGCUGGGGAGUAUACAUGUUUGGCGGGUAAUUCUAUUGGGAUCUCCCAUCACUCUGCAUGGUUGACAGUUCUCGAAGCUAUUGAGGACACCCCAGCCAUGAUGACAUCUCCCUUCUACCUGGAGAUCAUCAUCUACUGCAUCGGAGCCUUCCUCAUCUCCUGCAUGGUGGUGACCAUCAUCAUCUACAAGCUGAAGAGCACCACCAAGAAGACAGACUUCAACAGCCAGCUGGCCGUGCACAAGCUGGCCAAGAGCAUCCCCCUGCGCAGACAGGUAACAGUGUCAGCCGACUCCAGCUCCUCCAUGAACUCGGGCGUGAUGCUGGUGCGGCCCUCGCGCCUCUCCUCCAGCGGCACCCCCAUGCUGGCCGGGGUCUCUGAGUACGAGCUCCCCGAGGACCCUCGCUGGGAGCUGCCCCGGGACAGGCUGAUCCUGGGCAAGCCUUUGGGAGAGGGGUGCUUCGGGCAGGUGGUGCUGGCAGAGGCCAUCGGCCUCGACAAGGACAAGCCCAACCGAGUGACCAAGGUGGCGGUGAAGAUGCUCAAGUCCGACGCCACGGAGAAGGACCUGUCUGACCUCAUCUCUGAGAUGGAGAUGAUGAAGAUGAUUGGCAAGCACAAGAACAUCAUCAACCUGCUGGGAGCCUGCACGCAGGAUGGACCCCUCUAUGUGAUCGUGGAAUACGCCAGCAAGGGCAACCUCCGGGAGUACCUGCAGGCACGGCGGCCCCCGGGCAUGGAGUACUGCUACAACCCCGCCCGUGUCCCCGAGGAGCAGCUCUCCUUCAAGGACCUGGUCUCCUGUGCCUACCAGGUGGCACGGGGCAUGGAGUACCUGGCCUCCAAGAAGUGCAUCCACAGGGACCUGGCAGCCAGGAACGUGCUGGUGACAGAGGACAACGUGAUGAAGAUCGCUGACUUCGGGCUGGCCCGUGACAUCCACCACAUCGAUUACUACAAGAAGACCACAAAUGGUCGCCUGCCAGUGAAGUGGAUGGCUCCUGAGGCUCUCUUUGACCGAAUCUACACCCACCAGAGUGACGUGUGGUCCUUUGGGGUGCUGCUGUGGGAGAUUUUCACGCUGGGUGGAUCACCCUACCCUGGUGUGCCCGUUGAGGAGCUCUUCAAGCUGCUGAAGGAAGGUCACAGGAUGGACAAGCCCAGCAACUGCACCAACGAGCUGUACAUGAUGAUGCGGGAUUGCUGGCACGCCGUCCCUUCCCAGAGACCCACCUUCAAGCAGCUGGUGGAGGACCUGGACAGGAUCGUGGCCAUGACCUCCAACCAGGAGUACCUGGACCUCUCCAUGCCUCUGGAUCAGUAUUCUCCUGGCUUCCCCGACACCCGCAGCUCCACCUGCUCCUCGGGAGAGGACUCUGUUUUUUCCCACGACCCGCUCCCGGACGAGCCGUGCCUUCCCAAGUUCCCUCCUCAGCACAGCAAUGGUGGACUGAAGCGACACUGAGGGUGGCAGUGCCAGGGGAGUGCCGUGCUGUGCCACACCGUGCCCGUGGACGUGCCUGCACAGCCUGGUGCUGCUGGGCUGUUGCAGAAAGGGUUCAGAGACAUCUGUAGCAUCUCACGUAACCAAAACCACCCAAAGCACCUCCUGCCAGCUUCUCCUGCCACCUCCUGUCAGCUCUGCACAGCCCAAGGGUUCGGCUCUGCUGUUUUUAUAGCAUUUCCUCCUCCUGUUUUUGAACCUCCUCUCCAUGAAUCCUGUGCUUGAGUAUUCCCACUUGGCUGAGCUGAAAUCCUCUCCCGUGGGCAGUGCAUGGCCAAAGAGCCAGCCAGGCAUCCUGGGAUGGCACAUCCUGGUAGGGCACAGAGAGCCAGGCUGGUCUGCCAGGUAAAGAACCUGAGAGCCAGGAGCAGCACCCGGUUCCUGCAGCUGCACCAGGGGGGAGCCUUGGUGUGCCAGGAGCUUCACUGAUGUGCCAGGAGCCUCAGUGUGCCAGGAGCCUCGUGGUGUGGGGCUCCCCCUGUGCCCAGGAUGCCCCAGGCUGGUCCUGCAGCCCCACAGGGCCAGCAGCAGUGGGCUUUGCUGAGCCAGGCCUGGCACAUCCGGGGCAGGAGCCCUGCACUGCUCAGAGGUGACUGAACCCACCUGUGCUAAACCCAGAGUCCCGUGUACAUAACGAAAAAUAUGUAUAAAUAUGAAUAUAUAUUUACAUGUCUUUUUAAAAAGGGUUGUUACCAGAGAUAUACCAGUUUGGUAGGAAGGUACUAGUGGCUGGUAGAUAUCAGUUGCUAUAAAAAAAAAAAGUCAUAUAUUUUGCUAUUUUUGCUGUUUUUAUUUUUUUAAAUUAUGUUCUAAACCUAUUUCAGUUUAGGUCCCUCGAUAAGAAUUGCUGCUGCUGCUUCAGUUUUAUAUGGGGUUGUAUUAAACAAUAAUAAUAAUGUGUCGAUGCCUUUUGGGAAUCUGUUGUCAUGACGUGCCUGGCCUUGCCCCAGCCCUGCGUCCCCCCAGCUCCCUCCCAGGGUUCUGGCGGGGCUGGGGCUGCCCAGUGCCCGUGUGGGGGGU